GCUUUCCUCCCUCAUGUCAGACAGCAGAGGGCCAGAGACAGUACUAGCAUUCUUUCUCAGACAUAGGUCUCGGACGUAGUGGAGGCCCGAGCUCUCCGCAAUCCACCACCAUCGUCUCAGCUGAGCUCGUCGUGUGCAUCUCAAGUGGAGUAAGAUUCUCAAAUGUGCAAACACGUCCUGAAUGCCCAAGUCGCCAUCCGCGCACCGUGCUGCAAGCAAUGGUUCGACUGCGCAGAAUGCCAUGCCGAGACACAGACGCACCCGCUCGCCAAGACGACGGAGAUGGUGUUCUUGUGCAAGAAGUGCAAGAAGGCAUUCCGGAAGGACAUGUCUGAGUAUGAGGAGAGCGACGAGUACUGUCCGCAUUGCGACAACCACUAUGUCAUUGAGGCCAAAACACCACAAGCGGUCCUCGGUGUGGAAGGGGAAGAUCCACGCAUAGAUGCCCGGAUGUUGAAAGAUGAUCGUACCAAGGAAGACCGAGCACGAUCAUUGCUCAACCUGGACACGUCGGAUCGGCUGGGCUAGGUGGUCUCAUAGCGGGCCGCUCCUUGUUCUUGCUUUGCAUCACAUGUUUCAUAGUGUAGAGCCCUCCGGGCAGUCCUGGCCACGGUGGCCUUGAUUGCAGUUUGCUUCGGUGUCCUUCGAGACUGCUUCAAUGCACAGUACAGUCCUUGCGCGCGUCGGGCGGGCUCGCGCCCGCCCUCAACGCGCCACGACUGUGCUUUCCUACAUGCUAUCAUUAUUCUUCCUCGAUGGGGUUUGUGGCGGGCUGCGGUCGGGCUCCGCCCUCCCUUCAGCCCGCUCUUCCCCACCAGCACAAGCUAAGGGGCGCCAGCGGUCCCCUGAGAAUCAC